AUGACUUUGCCAACCCAUUUCACGCUCAAUACAGGGGCUAAGAUCCCAGCCAUUGGCUUGGGAACGUGGCAAUCUCAGCCUGGCGAGGUCCGCAAGGCCGUGGCUUAUGCCCUUAAAGAUGGAUACCGUCAUAUUGAUGCUGCCCUACACCCAUACCACGCGAACGACAUACUAAGAAUACUCCCAGGAAACGAGAAUGAGGUCGGCCAAGGAAUCAAAGACAGUGGUGUGCCCCGGGAAGAAAUUUUCCUGACUAGCAAACUUUGGAACACAGACCAUCCCAAUGUGAAGGAAGGUCUCCAGAAGUCUCUCGAAGCUCUAGGUGUAGACUAUCUUGACCUUUAUCUUAUUCAUUGGCCUGUUCGACUGGUUCCGAACGAAUCCCACCCUCUUCUACCAGUCAACCCCGACGGUACCAGGUCGGUCGAUCGGUCAUGGGACCAGAGCGAAACAUGGCGACAGAUGGAGGAGGCUUACAAAUCUGGCAAGGUCAGGGCCAUUGGGCUUGCAAAUUGGUCCAUACCAUACCUGAAGGAACUCCAAAAAACUUGGACGGUCGUACCAGCCGUGAAUCAAGUUGAGCUACAUCCCUUCCUUCCUCAGCACGAGCUCAAGCAGUACUGUCAGAAACUGGGAAUUCUGCUUGAAGCAUACUCUCCCCUUGGAUCUACAGGUGCCCCGAUUAUGUCAGACCCAGAAAUCCAACAGGUCGCAGACAAGAACGGCGUGUCAGCCGCCACUAUUCUGAUCAGUUACCACGUUAAUAAGGGCGUCGUUGUGCUGCCUAAGUCUGUGACCGAGAAGCGUAUCUCCUCUAAUAGACAGGUCAUUGCGCUCCCAGAGAGCGAUUUAGCUCUACUGGACGGUCUGGCUGCUGGCGGGAAAGCCAAGCGAAUCAACACUCCUAAAUGGGGCUUUGACCUCGGAUUUGAUGACUGGUACGGCCCGGUAAAUUCACAGUAA